UACCAGGUGGUGAUGAGUCAUCGCUAGGCUUAUAAAUAAGGGGCAUGUGACGCAGCACUCAGAUAGAUCCGACUACGUUUAAGGAAAAUAACACAAAGCUGUGGAUAAGGCAGCGUUUAUUGUUCUCGUUCUCUAACAGGUCAGGAUGCAGAUCUUUGUAAAAACACUUACUGGCAAGACCAUCACCCUUGAGGUUGAACCCAGUGACACUAUUGAGAAUGUGAAAGCCAAGAUCCAAGACAAAGAGGGUAUCCCACCAGAUCAGCAGAGAUUGAUCUUUGCAGGCAAGCAGCUGGAAGAUGGUCGCACCCUCUCCGACUACAACAUCCAGAAAGAAUCCACCCUCCAUCUUGUGCUCCGUCUGAGAGGUGGCAUGCAGAUCUUUGUAAAAACCCUGACUGGUAAGACCAUCACCCUUGAGGUUGAACCCAGUGACACUAUUGAGAACGUGAAAGCCAAGAUCCAAGACAAGGAAGGUAUUCCACCAGAUCAGCAGAGAUUGAUCUUUGCAGGCAAGCAGCUGGAAGAUGGUCGCACCCUCUCCGACUACAACAUCCAGAAAGAAUCCACCCUCCAUCUUGUGCUCCGUCUGAGAGGUGGCAUGCAGAUCUUUGUAAAAACCCUGACUGGUAAGACCAUCACCCUUGAGGUUGAACCCAGUGACACUAUUGAGAACGUGAAAGCCAAGAUCCAAGACAAAGAGGGUAUCCCACCAGAUCAGCAGAGAUUGAUCUUUGCAGGCAAGCAGCUGGAAGAUGGUCGCACCCUCUCCGACUACAACAUCCAGAAAGAAUCCACCCUCCAUCUUGUGCUCCGUUUGAGAGGUGGCAUGCAGAUAUUUGUAAAAACCCUUACUGGUAAGACCAUCACCCUUGAGGUUGAACCCAGUGACACUAUUGAGAACGUGAAAGCCAAGAUCCAAGACAAAGAAGGUAUUCCACCAGAUCAGCAGAGAUUGAUCUUUGCAGGCAAGCAGCUGGAAGAUGGUCGCACCCUCUCCGACUACAACAUCCAGAAAGAAUCCACCCUCCAUCUUGUGCUCCGUUUGAGAGGUGGCAUGCAGAUCUUUGUAAAAACCCUUACUGGUAAGACCAUCACCCUUGAGGUUGAACCCAGUGACACUAUUGAGAACGUUAAAGCCAAGAUCCAAGACAAAGAAGGUAUCCCACCAGAUCAGCAGAGAUUGAUCUUUGCAGGCAAGCAGCUGGAAGAUGGUCGCACCCUCUCCGACUACAACAUCCAGAAAGAAUCCACCCUCCAUCUUGUGCUCCGUUUGAGAGGUGGCAUGCAGAUCUUUGUAAAAACCCUUACUGGUAAGACCAUCACCCUUGAGGUUGAACCCAGUGACACUAUUGAGAACGUGAAAGCUAAGAUCCAAGACAAAGAAGGUAUCCCACCAGAUCAGCAGAGAUUGAUCUUUGCAGGCAAGCAGCUGGAAGAUGGUCGCACCCUCUCAGACUACAACAUCCAGAAAGAAUCCACCCUCCAUCUUGUGCUCCGUUUGAGAGGUGGCAUGCAGAUCUUUGUAAAAACCCUUACUGGUAAGACCAUCACCCUUGAGGUUGAACCCAGUGACACUAUUGAGAACGUGAAAGCCAAGAUCCAAGACAAAGAAGGUAUCCCACCAGAUCAGCAGAGAUUGAUCUUUGCAGGCAAGCAGCUGGAAGAUGGUCGCACCCUCUCCGACUACAAUAUCCAGAAAGAAUCCACCCUCCAUCUUGUGCUUCGCCUGAGGGGUGGCUGUUAAACCUUAGACUUUCAUUCCAUGUUGCUGUUUCCUUGUUGCACUGUGUUUGCUCUUAUGCUACAGUCACAAUCCUGUAGACUUGGUAUUGCUAAAUAAAGAUUGUUGCACAGCAGAA